AUGGCUUUAGAAUUGUGGUUGUUGAAGGUACAAUCGGCCGUCUCCUCCACAUUCCACUUCACCCGGUGGGCGACGACCAGCGCCGCUAGCGAUGGAGGAGGUGGCCACCCCGCCCAUGGGGCCAGGCUCGGGAUCCUCGCCUUCGAAGUGGCCAGCCUGAUGUCGAAGCUGCUCCAGCUCUGGUAUCAUCUCUCCGACUCUCAACUCUCCCAUCUCCGCCACGAGCUUCUCGCCGUCCACGGAUUGUGCAAGAUCGUCUCCGACGAUCAUGGUUUCCUCCUCGGCCUGGCAAGCGCAGAGCUUGCCGAGUCAAUACGCCUAGCCGGAGAGUCCAUAUCGCUUCUGGCAGGGAGAUGCGCCGACCCGGGUCUCCGCCGAUUCGGCCCGAGCUUCAAGGAGUUCGCCGACUCGGGGCACGACCCCCAUCGCUGGGUCAUAAGUUGGAAGGAGAUGGAAGCCAAAGCGAGGAAGAUUGAUCGUCAUUUGUCAACGACCGCCGUCCUCCACAAGGAGAUGGAGCAGCUGUGGGAAGGCGAGCAGGCACUGAAGAAGCUGGUUCAAUGCUCCGGAGGCCACGGGCCUUCUCGAGUCAAGAUAGCGACCAUCUCGAACCUCCAACAGAAGCUGUCGUGGAAGAAGCAGGAGGUGAAACGCUUGAAGAAGAUAUCCCUGUGGGAAUUUAGCUUCGACAUCGCCACGGCGCAACUCGCCCGCUUGUCCUUUACAGUGCUCUCCAGGCUAAAGCAUGUGUUCGGCGACGCUGGUGUCUCCCCCGCUUCGAAUCUCCUAUCUUCCUCGUUUCCCUGCAUCCACUUUGUCUCCUCCGCUGUUCACCCGUCCUCUUGCGGUUCUCAACCGCUGGGAUCUCCAGGAGAAUUCACGUCCGGUCCUCUCAUCCAGACCCAGAAGCAGCAAGAUCUCGGGUUCUUUGACGCAAACUCUGCUCUUCUCCGGCCUCCUCCGAGCACCCUUGGGGCCGCCUCCCUCGCCCUUCACUACGCCACCAUAAUCUUCCAGAUCGAGAAGCUUAUCUGGUCGCCGCAGUUGAUCGGACCCGACGCGAGGGACGAACUAUACUCCAUGCUGCCGGAGAGCCUGCGGGCGCUGCUACGGUCCCGGCUGCGCGAGGUGGGUCGGCGCUCGGCCAGCGACGCGUUGCUCGCCGACGAGUGGAGGACCGCCCUGUCACGUAUCCUGGAUUGGCUGGCGCCGCUGGCCCACCACACUUUGCAGUGGCAGGCCGAGCAGAGCUUCGGGCAACGGCAAAGCGCCUCGGCGCGGCCGAAGUCCCCCCUGCUCCUCCCGCAGACUCUAUUCUUCGCCGACCGGGAGAAGACAGAAGGAACUAUCGUCGAGCUCCUCGUCGGCCUGACCUACAUGUGGAGGUGCGCGAUGGAGGCGAGGAGAGCUCCUCCAGCCGCAGCGAUGGCAGACUAUUGGGUGGAUGCCCAACAGGAGAUGUAA